CUCCUCCAGCGGAGCCAAACUGCGCGCGCCUGAGUCUCUAUAUUAAUCCGUUAAAGCGCCGCUGUCCGUUCAGCACCACCGACUGUGUGAAGAGAGUUAAAGCGCUGACAGUCGGCAUUUAACAGCGGAGAGCUCUGGAAAUCGCUCUUCGUUUGGACAGCUACUUGUUUUGGAGUGAUUUGGUUAAAGUGGCAGGGAGUUCAAUGCGUUUGUCGCGUCAGUGUGAGAAGGACUCCAACAGUUUGUUUAAAAUAUUCACAGACUCUGCGAACAGAGCAGAAGCGCGCACUCGGUUUUUACUGGAAAAAGCUUUGGAUUUCCAAGCCAAUUACAGCUCAUCUCUGUUGUUAUGCUUGUUUUGAGUGAUUUUUCUCAGCGUGACGUUGUGUUGCGGUACGCAUUUAUGAUUAUUAUUAUUUAAAUAACACACUCAAAUGUUUUGGGGGUUUUUUAAGACCUGAUUUUAUUGUGGAAUUUCGUAUAUUCUACGCUAAACUUCUUUUUCAGUCCAACUAACUGAAUUUACUCAAGUUUUAUGCGUUUUUAAGAGAGAAACGUCGUAAUGAGAGCUCUUUUUGUGGCACUGCUGCUUUUAUAUGCGUCAGGGAGCGGGAAAGUGGCUGGCGCGAGCGGCGCAAAGGGAAACCGCUUCGUGUGCACCGCCGUGCCCGCGGGCACCGACCUCAGUUGCUCGGUGGACACGAGCGGCCGAGUCCAAAGCACAAGUCCGCAGGAGGAAGAGUUGCGGAAUAUUAUCAUUCAGCUUCGAGAGACUAUCCUGCAGCAGAAGGAAACUAUCGUCAGUCAGCAGGGCACCAUCAAAGAGCUCAAUUCCAAACUCGCGCGCUGCGAGGCCGACGCCAAGUCGCGGGGCAGCGCGCGCAGGAAGGAUUAUAGUAAAAACACGAUGGGUGAUCUGCCGCGUGACCCCACCGAGACUGUGGAGCAGCUGGGUAAGACCAUGCAGAGCCUCAAAGACAGACUGGAGAGCCUGGAGCAGCUGCGUGCCAACACAUCAGGUGGAACGCUUCCCAACGAUCUGAGAGACCUGCUGAAGCACCGUCUGACUGACCUGGAGAGCCAGCUGCUAACCAGAGUGACCGAACUCGAGGAGGAAAAGAGCCAGCUGUACAACGAGACGACCGCUCACCGUCAGCGCACCGAGAACACCCUCAACUCACUGCUGGAGAGGAUCACCGAGCUGGAGAAAAGUAACAGUGCAUUCAAAUCUCCAGAGGACUUUAAGGUGUCUCUGCCUCUGCGCACCAACUACCUGUACGGCCGUAUCAAGAAGAGUCUGCCAGAGAUGUACGCCUUCACCGUAUGUAUGUGGCUCAAGUCCAGCGCCAGUCCUGGAAUUGGAACCCCGUUCUCCUACGGCGUCCCUGGACAAGCCAAUGAGAUUGUGCUGAUAGAGUGGGGAAACAGCCCCAUGGAGCUCCUCGUCAAUGAUAAGGUAGCUCAGCUUCCUCUCUCUGUGAGUGACGGCCGCUGGCAUCACAUCUGCGUCACCUGGACAACCAGAGAUGGCUUCUGGGAGGCCUAUCAGGAUGGAGAGAGACUAGGGACUGGAGAGAACUUGGCCCCAUGGCACCCAAUUAAACCUGGAGGAGUCAUUAUCCUGGGCCAAGAACAGGACAUUGUAGGUGGGAGAUUUGAUGCCACUCAAGCUUUCGUAGGGGAGUUAAGCCACUUCAACAUGUGGGACAGAGUCCUGCGUCCUAUAGACAUCUCUGCUAUGGCCAACUGCUCAGCCUACAUGCCUGGCAACGUGGUGCCAUGGGUCGAUGUCAACGUGGAGGUAUUUGGCGGUGCCACAAAAGCAGCACUGGAGAUUUGUGAAGACCGUCUCUUUGAUUCCUAAGGACACAUCUGUCAGUUUGGAAGCAUUCUCGUUAUAGAGGUAACCCACGUCCCAGUACUGCACUGGGAACUUACAGAGAUACAAAGACAGUGCAAAAGAAACACACGUUUACAUGUGUUCACAUGAUGGAUUAUCUCGUCCGCAAUUCUGCUUUAUGUUUGUUGAGACUUACUGUCAGCCUGACCAAUACCUAAAAUGACUGUGAUUAAUAAAAAAAAAUAAUAAUAAUAAUCUGUCUGCACAUUCAAGGUCAGAAUAGAGUAUUUGCAGCUCUGGAUGAAGCAAAACUUUCUUGUUGAUAUUAUAUAUGCUUUUCUCUGUGUCGUGUCCUUCAGAAACUUCUUCUCUACACAAACUCAUGCGUAUUUUAAGAACUGCAGUAAAAGAGUUUGUUUUUUUUCAGGGGUUUUUUGCAAUUUCCGCUUUGAGUUUUUGUCAUGUUGCGUAUAGGCCAAUGUCCUUCAAACCCCUGGAAAAAAAAAUUCAACUGCAUAGUUUCAACAUGAGCUUUAUUAAGAAUGAAUGAAUGAGCUAGUCUGUGACGUUGCACAUAUGGAGAGGACUGAAAUUGGGAAAUGUGCUUAUUAUCAUAACAAUAAUGUUACAAAACAACAGUGGCAAAAAAAGAGGGGUAAAGGUCCUAAAAUCAGGCUUUUUUGAUCUGGAGAUGCAUUCAUGAGAUUCACUUGUGUGCUUUCUGAUUUUAUUUGUGCUUGAUCUAUUUAGACGACUUGUUCAAAUGGUACAUUUGUGUUGAGGUAGAGCAGUGCAAUAUAUAUGGGACACUUUAUGUAAAUGUGGUCCUUGGCAUCAUUUCUGUGUUUUCACGUCUAAAUACACCGCUGGGCCUGUCGCUCUCACUCCGUCUCGCUGUGUUACAUGGAUGUUUUCAUUUCAUUUUUCAACUUGUUGUGCACAAAGGCCAGAUCAAAGUCUGUGAAAUUCACUGUGGUGCAGCGUUCUUACAUAACAGACACUAAUAAUGCAUUAGUGUGUUUCCCUUGUCAACACGUGUUUGUAUUUGGGCUACAAGAGCUCUUCUGCUCUACUGAAAUGCACUGGAAUGAGAUAAAACUCUUUUGAAUACUCAGUUUCUUUCAUUUGAAUGUAAUCUACUGCUAUUUUGUGUCAUAAAUGUACCUAGAGGAACAAAAAUCUUGUAUGUAAAUGCAUCUUGAUCUGUUAUGCUGCCUUCAGGUUCUGUUGAAAUCAUCAUAUGUUAAACGACCAAUGGGAACCUCUGAAUUUGUGAAUUAAAGAAUGGCGGAGGAUGCUAUGUGUCCAUGUUAUUCUGACCAAAUCAUAAUUAUGAUUUCCAAACACACAUGUAGAGCUUGAAGGCAGCAUUAGGGCAAAAUGUUUUGAUUUUGUUUCAGAAUGUAACAUAUUUUUGUCCGAAACGAAUGGCCUUUCUCUGAGCACCGACUGUGCUUUCUGGGUUUUUCAAGGAUUCAACCCCUAAUGUAAGACCACAGCGUGAAAUGGCAAGAGUGAGGAAAAUAAUAGACCAAAAAAUGGGUUUAAUGUGAAAUCUCUCUUUCCUCAUAUACAGAGCAACCUGAGGAUGUUGUUCAGCAUGUAGGAAUGGUUGAAUGUCCUUCUUCACCCAAUAAAUAAUUCUGAAAACCA